GAACCGAUUUGUGUAAAUAAAACGGAUGUCAAUUAAAAGAAAGCUAGAUUUAUAGGCGAUUCGACAAGGUGUAUGGUAUUUGAAUGUGCACGCGCGAAAGCCGUUAAAUCUACGUGUCGCGCGCAUAAUUUGCUCAAGUAACGGUCAGCAGCAGACGCAAUAAAAUACGAAACAUAAAAAAAAAAUUGUCUGCAGUUCGAUACAUUACCAAGAUGUCUGACGAUAAUUCGAGUGUGCAAUUAUGUGAGGACAUCAGUCGUAAGAGUUUACAACUGAACCAACAUUUGGAGAAGAUGACUGAACAAAUGGAGAAUGUUUCAGUAAAGUUGUCUUGGAUGGCAUAUGAUAUGGUUGUGCUUCGAACCAGUCCAGAUCUUGCCGAAUCCUUCAAGAGGCUGGAGAAUGAGUUCCUCAAGUGCAAAGCUGUCAUCUGUGGUCCCACAGAUGGACAAGACCAAAAAUGUCAGCCUGCUACUGAAAGAACAUAAUAUCCCCAAAAAAUAAAGUCAGAGUUUCAAUAUAGAACAGAGGGAUCUAAAAGGAUGAUAUUAAUGUUAUUAUAACUGCUGCAGUUAGAUCUGCCAGAGUUGUUUGAUGCCACUGUAUAUUUGUGAUUUAGCAUGGUUUUAUUCCCUCAUACAAAUUAAUAAAAAAAAAUCAACCAACCAAACAUGCUGAUUGUGAAUCUGAUUGGCCCAAUAACAUUAAAAUGCAAAAAUGGGGCUUCUGAAUGUUCUGCUGUUCAAUUUUUAUUUUUUCUUAUUGUGUGUGCCAUUCGUUUAAGACUAGAGACCAUAUUAAUGAUAAUACAUAAUUAUCCUUUACAUCUGUGUGUC